AUGUCCGGAGGCGACGCCGGCAUGUCUAGAUUUACUGUCUUGCUAACGCUGCUAAAUCUUUGUUGGGCCGAAAUACCGAGACCCAACAUAGUCCUGAUUAUUGCCGACGACCUGGGCUGGAACGAUGUCGGCUUCCACGGGUCUAAUCAGAUCCCGACCCCGAACAUCGACGCCCUGGCGUGUUCGGGCCUGGUGCUGCAGAACUACUACGUGACUCCAAUCUGCACACCUUCCCGCUCCGCUCUCAUGACGGGGAAAUACCCGAUACAUACCGGCAUGCAACAUUCCGUUAUUUAUGGCAACGAACCCCGCGGCCUACCGCUAUCUGAGAAGCUUCUACCCGAGUAUUUACGAGAGCUGGGCUACCGAACGCAUCUGGUGGGCAAAUGGCACCUUGGCAGCUACAAGAGGGAUUACUUGCCUUUAAACCGCGGGUUCGAUACGCACCUCGGCUUCUGGACGGGCAAGAUCGACCUAUACGACCACACCUCGGUCGAAUUCGGCUCGUGGGGCUUCGAUUUCCGACGCGGUUUUCAGGUGGCCCACGAUCUAUUCGGUGUCUACGCGACAGACAUCUACACAAAUGAGGCAGUAAAGCUAAUACGCGACCACGACCGGACCUCGCCGAUGUUCCUGGUGGUGGCGCACUCCGCGGUCCACAGCGGCAACCCUUACGAGUUCCUGCGCGCGCCCGACGCCCUAGUGGCGAACUUCAGCCAUAUACCUCACCCGCAGAGACAGAAGUUCGCCGCGAUGGUCACGAAACUGGACGAGUCUGUGGGCAAAGUGGUCGAGGCGCUCAAACAGAGCUCAAUGCUGGAGAACUCCAUCGUUUUGUUCACCACCGACAACGGGGGGGCUGCGGCCGGUUUCAACAACAACGCGGCCUCGAACUACCCCCUGAAAGGGGUAAAGAAUACCCUGUGGGAGGGUGGUGUGCGAGGUGCCGCAUUGCUGUGGAGUCCUCUGUUCACCAACAAGCCCCGCGUGGCCACUCAGCGGCUCCACAUUUCUGACUGGCUGCCCACGCUAAUAGCUGCGGCCGGUGGAAACGUCAGGGAGCUUGGUGAUAUAGACGGUGUAAAUCAAUGGACCGCUCUGUCUGAAGAUCUGGUCUCCGAAAGGAAGUCUAUAGUUCACAACAUCGACGACAUCUACGGAAGUGCCUCCAUUACUGUCGACCAAUGGAAGCUGCAUAUGGGUACGAAUUAUAACGGCGCUUGGGACAACUGGUACGGGCCAAGUGGACGCGAAGGGUCCUAUAAUGUAGACUUGGUCUAUACCAGCGACGCUGGACGGGCCAUAGACAAGCUGGGCCUCAUGCCUACCAGAGAGAAAACGCUAACACUCAGAGAAGAAGCAACAGUUAAAUGCAACGCCAGCAUCGUGGCAAUUCCAUGUCAGCCUUUGUUGGCGCCAUGCUUGUUCAACAUAGAGGAAGAUCCUUGUGAAAUGAGAAAUUUGGCUGAUUUAGAGCCAGUGACGUUGGCGCUGCUGGUGGAGGAGCUGCAGCGCGCGAACCGGACGGCGGUGCCGCCCAAAAACAGGCCCGGGGACCCCUUCGGGGACCCAAAAGAACUGGGGCCGCGUCUACACCAACUUCGGCGACUACGAAGCGAUGCGGAACAGCGCGAACUACCUCUAGUCCUACUCCUAGCGAACUGCCAUGUCGGGAAUCCCACCACGCUUUGCACCUUCGCCGUAUUAGAAGUCUUCGCGAUACCUUUGUCGAGUAAAAUCUCGUUGUACGGGAAAGGCUGCUUCGAAAAGCUAUACCGUUUAUGGAGCACCAAUGUGGUGGCGCAACGCAGUGUAUUUAGAAUGACGGGGAAUUACCCGGCACGGCACGGGGAAUCCCGAAAGGGAAUGGGAAAGUACGAAACAAAGUCGUCGAUACAUAAACGC